AUGCGCAUCCUCAUUUGCUCUGCGACUCUCCUCUCCGCUGUCUUCGCUGCGCCCGCCACAACCGGAGGCAGAUCUCUGGGAGCGGCGAUUGUUCCCGUAGGAUCGGCAUCCCAGCACGCAUCUGCCUUCGACAAGGGCGCCCAGCAGGCUGCUGCUACCCACGCUCAAGGCAGCUCAAGCUACGAUCAUGGAACUCAGGCAGCGAAGACCUUCGGGAACAAGGAAUCCUCCGGUAGCAGAGAGAGCUUCUCGCACUCGGCUGACAGCUCUCUCAAUCAAGGCUCUGGAGGUUUCUCGAAUGUCGGAGCCUUCGACAAAGGCUCAAAUCUGGCGAGCUCAGGACAGCAUCUCAGCUCCUUUGGAGGAGGACUCGGAGCCAUCGGGAGCUCCUCCUCGGUCGGGUCUCAUCAGCAAGGUCUCCACUCGAACGGGCACUCGGUUGGUCAAGGAGCAUCAAACUUCAAUCAGGGUCACAGUUCCGUGAAAUCGUCGGGCAGCAAAGAAAGCUUCCACAACAAAGAAUCUUUCGGUCAGGAGGGAUCAGCUUCCCAUGCGAAAGGGAGCGGACAACAGUCCCACGCGCAAGGCGCGCAAGGAGGACAUCACGACCGAGGACAACAUCAAUAUUCUGCCAGCCAAGGCGUGAUCGGUUGA